AUGGCUUUUCAAUAUGCUACACGUAAACCUUUAAUGCGGCUUUGUGAGACAUCCUUCACCGUACUUACCACAGUACAUACUAAAGUCUCUGGGAAAACUUGGUGUAUAGCUCAAAGCCAGGCUACCGAACCGAAGUUGCAACAAGUUCUUGACUAUCUUUGUGGACAACUCGACUGCAAGGAGAUUCAACCUGGAGGAUCAUGCUUUAAUCCUAACACUGUGCGAAAUCAUGCGUCUUAUGCUAUUGAUCUUAACUUUCAAAUUAACGGUGUAUGCGAUAUUAGUUAUGCUAAUCCUGCUGUCACAGAUCCAUCUUUCGGCACAUGUGUCUACCCGUAA